UAAGCUUUACUCGCGCACGACUCCAUUUUGAAUUUCUUUGUGCGAUCAGACGAUUUUCGAACGAAUUAAGUCAGGAGUGGGUUGCCUUCGGAAAUGCUCUCGAAUUAUAUCAGGAGAUUAUAUCCUUUUAAAAUUGACAUCGUUAAGUGCGGUGUACACAAAUGCUCGACGAUUUCAGACGUGACGUCGAAACAGGCGGUUGGAAAGCGUACGGAAGUACAGGGAUGGGUACGUGCACUGCGAAAAAUGAAGGAUACCGUCUUUGUUGACAUUUCCGACGGAUCGACUUGUGAAAUAUUACAAGUCGUUAUACCAAAAUCCAUUAAACCAGAUAAUUUAAGUUACGGAAGUAGCAUCAGUGCAGAGGGAGAAUUAUCUUUAACUCCUAAUGGUAAAACUGAACUAUAUGCAGUUAAUGUUCAUGUGAUAGGCAAAUGCAAUGUUCUGGAGGAUCAAUAUCCUUUUGCUCCAAGAAAGACAUAUGACCAAGAAUAUAUCAGAAAAUACCUGCACCUAAGACCAAGAACACGAAAUUUUGCUAGUGUAUUGAGGUUACGUGAUCUUGCUACCACUGUAAUUGGAGAUCAUUUAAGAAAUAGGGGGUUUAUAAGUAUACAUACACCAAUCUUGACAUCCAAUGAUUGCGAAGGUGCUGGUGAAGUGUUUUUAGUCAAGCCACAGUCUAAAGAGAUCCUUAAAAGCAUGAAAAAGGAAGGCCAGUCUGAAGAUGAGAUUUAUUUUAAUACAACCACUUACCUUACUGUUUCCGGACAGAUGCAUUUAGAAACAAUGGCAAGAGCUCUCACAAAAGUAUACACUUUUGGGCCUACAUUCAGAGCAGAAAAUAGUAAAUCAAGAUUACAUUUAUCAGAAUUUUAUAUGUUAGAGGCGGAAGUAGCUUUUAUUACGAAUGUUGAAGAGUUGAUAGAAGAAGUUGAGCUUUUAGUAAAAGAAGUUACUAAGCGAAUGAUUGAGAGAGGAGCUUCAGAUUGGCAAUCAAUGGGUAUUCCUGAACCGCAAUGGUUAGAUAAAAAAUUUGGAUGUUUAACUUACGAUGAAGCAUUUGAUGUGCUAACUGAGCAUGCAAGUAAAUUAGAGUGCCCCAUCAAGUAUGGAGAAGUAUUCUCAAAAGACCAUGAAUUAUUUUUAGUACAAUAUAACAAUGGAGUACCAAUCUUUGUUAUAAACUGGCCAAAAAAUAAUAAACCAUUUUACAUGAAAGAGUGUACAGAUGAUCCAUCUAAGGUAGCGGCACUGGACCUUCUGGCACCAGACGUGGGGGAAUUGGUAGGAGGCAGUAUUCGCGAAGAUGAUUAUGAGAAAUUAAAGCUAAAGUUACCUACCAUGGGGAAUCUUUCAUGGUAUUUAGAAUUACGUAAAUACGGGAAUGCACCGACAGGCGGUUUUGGAAUGGGAUUUGAAAGAUUUUUGCAAUGUGUCUUGGGGAUCAAUAAUAUAAAGGACACUGUGCCUUUCCCCAGAUGGCCUCACAAUUGCAAACUAUGAAUAAAGGUUUCAGGUCUGUUGCAUUAUUUAAUUUAUCCCCUCAACAACAAAAAAACAUGGCUGUAUAUAUUAAUUAUGCAGCGAAUUAAAAGGAAAUUUUUUAAGUACAAACAAUGGCGAGUUUCCAGAAAUUUUUAAACUGCUACAGCAUACAUAUGAUGUGUGCACACACCUUUUUCGAAAUUAGUACAUUACACAUAAUACAACAUGACGUAAUUGUGGGAUGAUGAAAUUAUUUUCUAAAAAAUUAUUUUGCUAAAGAUAUUAUAUGUGUGAGAAUCACUUUUAUUCUUUCUUACUUUCAUUCCAACUUUUGCUAUUUGCUAUUAUGGGUAACAUUAUUAACUUCA